UAUAAAAUUACCUCCAGGCUAAGUGUGUAAGGUGCAUUUGAUGUUCAUGCUUUGAAUUGGGUCCCAUUUCCAAGAUAUCUCAUUAUAUACAGGUACCCCAAAGAACCCAAAGAAUCCAAAAUACUUCUAGUCCCAUGCAUGAAUGUAGAAAUUUCUGCUUUCAAAUUAUAUGGCCAAUUGUUGAUUUAUUGCAUGGCCAGAGUUUAGAAAUGUCAAUUUCUUUGGAGGCCAAUUCUCUGAACUUUCCAGGUAGAUUCUGGGAGUUAAUUAUUAAGCAUGUUUUAUCUUGUUGCUCUGCAAAAAGGUGCAUAGAGUCCUUUGUAAAAACAAUAUGUCAAUGAAAGAUAGUUCUGCCCUUUGACUUAUGGUAUAAAAAGUCAGGAGCAAAAGGAAAAAGAGGAGGAAUAGAAAAAGAAAAAUAGCCUCGUGAACUUUCAUCAGGUCUGGUUUAGUGCUACAGCUCUGGUUAAGGCACUGGAAAUGUCCCUAAGCCUUCUGUUACACCCCAUGAUUUUUCCGCAAGCAAAUCGCAGUCCCAGAACCUGUCUUUCCUAGAUUCUUCCGUACCACAGGAAAUCAAGGACAUGAUCCAUUCCAGCACGCAUAUCCAACUUCCAUCCUUUCAUGAGGUCCGUAGUGCUUCACCAGCCAAGCCUAAGAAUCCCUGCCAGUCUGUUUCCAAUGGUCCACGCCAGAAACUAAAUGUAUGCCAGGUUGAUGGACCACCACCGCCGGAAGAAGUGCCUUGUCAGUUGAAUAGGCAGCUAUCUAGCAAAUCCAACAUGACUAAAGAAGAACCUUCAAAGGACCAGGAUGACUUGAAGCAGCAAGUAGCCCACAUCCUGGCCAUGCAUCCAGAGGGCAUGUCACUCUUCCAGUUCCGUGCAGCCUAUAGUGCCGCCUAUCAGCGGCACUUCCCAAUGGGCAACGCUGCUUCUGCCAAACAACGUUUGCAGGAAAUGCCGGAUGUUGUUUGUAUGAAAAGCUUUGGCGCCCAAACAAGACUUGUACCUGUAUCCAGUGCAAUGUCACCUCCUAAAUCUGGUCAGCCUGUCUCUUCCACAAUGAAAAAAGCUUCUGUUGUCCCUGGUCUCUCACAGCACAGAACAGUUUCACUGACUCAAGAGAAUUCUGAAGAACUUGGAGAUGACAACAAGGAGGACUACCCAUUCCUUACUCCUUUGCUUCAACAAGUAGCUAAACCAAGAGCUCCUGUGCAAGAGGAAGUGAAGAAGAACCCCAAGCCAAUGAGAACUCCGGUCAUUCUUCAGUCCCCUGUAGUCUGUCAUACAUACGCCCAAGUCACAGCUUCAUGUAAACCUUUGAAACCAAAUAGUCUUCACUCCAAGCCGAUGCAUCUGAAUAGCCCUUGUGUUUCUGCCAGUAAUGCCUCAGUGCCUUCACACCCAAGUGAUCCUUGUUUUUCUGCCAAUAGUACCUUAGUGCCUUCGCAUCCCAAUGAUGCUUGUUUUUCUGCCAGUAGUGUCUCAGUAUCUUCCCAUCCAAAUGAUCCUUGUAAUUCUUCCAAUAGGGCCUCAGCGCCUUUACAUCCAAAUGAUCCUUGUUUUUCUGCCAGUAGUGUCUCAGUAUCUUCCCAUCCAAAUGAUCCUUGUAUUUCUUCCAGUAGGGCCUCAGUGCCUUCACAUCCAAAUGAUCCUUGUUUUUCUGCCAGUAGUGUCUCAGUAUCUUCCCAUCCAAAUGAUCCUUUUAUUUCUUCCAAUAGGGCCUCAGUGCCUUCCCAUCCAAAUAAUUCUUGUAUUUCCCCCAAUAGGGCCUCAGUGCCUUUACAUCCAAAUGAUCCUUGUAUUUCUGCCAACAGUUCCUCAGUUCCUUUCACCUCUCAUCCAGCCUCUUACAAUUUUGGAACAUGGGCACAGCCGGUGCCAUUUGUUCCCCAGAUGCCAUUUGUUCCCCAGAUGCCAGGGAUUUCCCCAGUCAAGCCUGCCUACACCCAAGUUUCUGGAUAUCCUUCCAGGAUCCAGUUUCAAAACCCUACAGUGCAAAGCUCACCUUUUGGUCAGCCACCCCAUGUGCUCCCCAUUAAUUGUCAUCCGACAAUGUUUCUCACCCAAAGCGCAGAACAGUGGACCAACAUUCACACUCUCCCACAAGUGGCUGCCUAUUCUCGAGUGCAGACAUCAUCCAAUGUUCUUCAGAUUGCCCCAAACCCUACAGUUCCAACAGGGAUAUAUCCUGUAUCUCCAUCUUCUAGAAACAUGCCCCAGAGUGUCCAGCAGCUAGAAUGUUAUAAACAUACACAGCAGGAUGGUCUGCAGCGCAGUUCGGUUGUGGUAACGAAGAAAAGCUUCACAGUAACAUCUCUGGGCACAGAGCCUAAGCCUUCAGCAUCUCCUAAUCAGAGACAAUACAUUGAUUGGAAUCCUCUGGUAUCUACUACAGACACAGCGCCGUUCAUUUCACAUGGUUGUUGGUCCACUAGCCAGUCCUUUCAGACUUUGGAAACUUCCUCUAGUAGCAAAAGCAAUCCUAGUGCUCUGCUUUUUGAACCUCCAGUUUUCAAGGAUCAGCAACAAUCUGUUAGUGCAAGUGCUACCAUAACAACCUCAUCGCAUUCACCACCUUCACUUGUAGAUGCAACUGUAAGCCCAUAUAACAACCACUUGUCUCUCUCCAACAGUAGCAAAAAUUCUGCUGCUCAACCUUCAGAGCCUCGGGCUUCCAUUAAUCAGCAACAAUAUGCUAAACUGAACACCUCUGUAAUCACCUCCAGUAGAAAACAAGCAGAUUCAUUGCCUUGCCCUCAAGACCUCCCCAUCAGAUCAUCCCGCCAACUCUCCAUUACACCUUUAAGUGUUUGUACAGAUAAUGAGCCUCCUGCCCAAGCUAACCCUGUGGUUUCAUUUUCCAAACAUGAUGACCAUCAUCAUUUUUCUUUGCCAAAAACUCAGACCUCUUAUUCUCCCCCAAAUAGCCCUCUAAAAAAACCUGAUAGGUGUGUUAUCCUGUAAUAGCAAACAUUAAGGAGAUAGGCAUUUUCUGGGAUGAUGUAAUGCUGGAUGAGUGCAUUCAGAAUUUCUAAGAUUGUCUCCAUCCAAUUCUGGGAUGUGCUAGGUGAGGUGUGUGGUGUCUGCUUGUUCUUGGAUAUUUCAGUCCAUUUAGUAGACACUGCAUCGUUGGCUUCUGUAACCUCAUGAUAGUAAUGCAGUAUAAUGGUGGGAAUUUUGAACUGGAAUUUGGGAUAAAAAGUAUUUUGUUUCCACUUGAAAGGCACUAAGUGACCUUGGUCCAACUGUGAGAAAAAUGUGUGCUUGAGGAAAUCCAUACACACCACGUUAGGUAAUAUCAGAAGAAAAGUGGAUUAUGAAUGUACUUAACAUUGCUUCCACAGUUCCGCUGUUGAGGAUUAUGGGAGUUUUGGUCCAGGGUGCCUGGAGGUCUGAGGUUUGCCCUUGACUGCCAAAAGUUGACCACAGAGUCAUGAUGAAGGACUUAAAGAUUCCUAGACAGAACAGCUUUCUAGGAGUCCAUCAGACUAUAGAGUUGUACUUGGAUGACUUCUAGAUUCAUAGAGAGGUGUUUCCCACAUGUUUAAAUAGUGAUCGGUAUGGUGUUUUGUUUGCAGAGUGUCAGAUCAGGAAGGGAGAGACUCAUCUUUAAAUCUCCAUUUGCCUAUGAAGUUCACUAAGAUCUUUGGACAGGUAGUUCCUCCCAACUUCACUUAGUCAGUGUGGUCGGUGCAAGAUGAUGGUGGUUGUGGUAAGCAUCAUAGUUGUAAUACUACUGGAGGAGAUAUGUUUCCCCAGCUUCUAGAAAUGAAAGUCCAUUCCUCACCUGUAGUUGAAAGUAGCACAUUCUUUUCUAUUUACUUAUUUCCCUUUAUUUGUUGGAUAUGUGGGUAGCCUUACGUUCAUUUUUCCAAAGGACACUGAUAAAACUAUGGUCAGAAAGGUAAUUUUUCAUUUAUGGUGGAGCUUUGAAAAAUAAGCUUUUUGAAAAGAAUAUAUAUAUAUGAAUUGCCCUGGGUGUAUCUUAAUUAAAUAAUUUUCAGGGAAUCCCAUUGCUGUGGGAAUGAUGAUGUGGAACAUAUAACAGCUGAGGUUUUUGUGUAUGGAUAGGUAUCAUUUAAUGGGAAAACAACUCCAUCAGACUUAGGGAUGAGAGUAGUUUGAAUGGUUACUCCAUGAUCAUUUCCCAAUUGGUUCUUUCACUGGCAGAAGAACCUUGUCAAUAGAUCUCAGAGGAGGUAUUUAUAACCAUAUCCUGAGAUUCCUGUACAUCCACAACAGGACAUUAUAAUGCCUCAAUGCUCUGUACUUUGAUGGGUUUUCCAAACUUACAUCAUACAUAUUGAGGAUUCACAGGGACUACAUGGAAAGGGGAAAUCCACUUCCACGCUUUACUAAUAGAUUUCCAUCAGUGCCAGAGGUAUACAUCAAACAGCUACAUCUUGUGGGGGCCAUCCAGGCCUUGGCAACUUUCUAGUAAUUUUUGUUUUUAUUACCAUCAGUCUUUGCCUUCCACCUGCAUUUUGGUUAUGAUUGGUAAAUGAUGAUGGAACGUUUUUAAUAUGCUAACUUCUAAUUGUUUUAUCACAUUUAUCAUUUUUUUAAUUAAUUACAGAUAUAUUUGUAUAUAGUGCAAAAUAAAUUAUAAUAAAUGACCGGUCUUUUAUGGA